UAUUAACUCAUAAAUGGCCUCCUACAUUGCGAGACCGCCAGUCUGGAAAUUCUACCGAAUUCUGCGAGACUGACUGUUCUGGGAAAGCCGGGUCAAAUUCAUGUAACAGAAUGCUUGUUUGGAGGCAUUUGUUCGUUUUAUUUUGUUCUACCCUCACUUUCGACGUGUUUGGACAAAGCAGCAGUAAAUCGCCUAAGGCCACAAUGCCGACAGAAACUACAAUAACCGAGGUUACACAAAGCAGCACUAAAUUGUCUAACGCCACAACACCGAAAGAAGUUACAACAACUGAGGUUACACAAAGCAGCACUAAAUUGCCUAACGCCACCUCCAUCUCAGAGCUGACAGAAGCUACAACAACCGUUUCCGACGAGGAUCAUAGUCACAGCAAUAUAGACGGGAGGGAUUUCCGUUAUACUUCCACAUUCGAAAAAAGUUUACCCUUCUUCUCGAACGGGCUCAUCGCUCGGCUGAGAGCUUGGAAUAAAGUUCUAAACAAUGCAACUACUCAGUGUGAAAAGCUGACUGAUAGUGGAACACCCAUUGCGGAAUACCUUGAAAUUGAAUUCGUGGACUUUCGAGCCCGCUACGUGGAUGCUAAGGACGAUUCUGAUAAUGAAUUUUUGACUCUUGAAACUUUUCAUCCUGUGCUCAUGCGCCAGCAGAAAGACCAUGAUCUGGUUUCUGUUGCGUAUAUGUCCAUCUUGGAACUGUGGCCUCUCUUAGUUUUGUGUUUUUCGUGCGCAGCUUUAUCAGGAAUGAUCAUCUGGCUUUUGGAUCAUCGAUCGAAUCCGGAGACUUUCUCCAGGCGAUUCUGGAAGGGCUUUGGAGACGGAAUGUGGUGGGCGAUAGUUACCAUGACAACAGUGGGGUAUGGUGACAAAGCUCCAAAGUCCUGGUUAGCUCGUCUCUUUGGUAUUGUGUGGAUGAUAGCAGGAAUAGUUUUAUUGUCCAUGUUCACGGCUCAAGUGUCGUCUCGCUUGACAGCUCAGGAGCUAAAGAGCGAAGACUAUUUGUUUAACAAAAAGGUAAAUUAUGGAAGGAUCAAUAACCUAAUGAAAGGAAUGUCUAAAAUUUUUGACAACUCGCGUUUUGAGAGCGACACUGACAAACCCAUAAUUUCCGCCAAGAGCCUAAAGGCCGAGGGCCUCGAUUCCGUCGUGGUGUUCCACUGUAAUAUCAAUGACAAAGAUGCCAAAACCUGGGAAGCUUUGAGGUUUCUUCCGCUCUGCGACAUCGGUGCCACUUUUUUCUUCGAUGCUGACUUCGACGAGGUUACUUGGGAUGCGGAGGAGCGUUUUUUUAAAUGCCUUAAGUCUAAAGUACGAUCAGCUCGCAAAAACAUUACAGAACUUAAGCGAAAUGUAACCGGAGAAGGCAUAAAAUCACACUCUUGCAGAGAGUUUCUAAAGCAACAAGACAUCCUAAAGUUUCGCUUCAAGUGGGUUUACUUCUCUAGCCUGUCACAGUACCUUAUUCCCUUUGGCGCACUUAUGGGGGCAAACGUACUAGCGUUUAUUUUUGGUUCUAUCUAUGAUUAUUGCUCCCGUGAAAAUAAUAAGAGGAAGAGCCUGAGGAGAGGAGAGAACUCGCUCAAAUCUGAGCCAACUCAAACAAGCUGCAGUUCUCAAAAAUCUGGUAACGACUACAAAGAGGUUAUGACUGCCAAUAGCAAAGUGUAACUUUAAGGAGUUGCUGCAUUUAGAAGUACUAUUACAGAUUCGAAAUGCAAUAGUGGAUGGAUUAAUUGCGUCUACAAUGGAACUGCUAAAGCUUUGUGUUCUUGCCAUUUGCUCAUUAAACUUUUCCGGCUGAAAUUAACGGAUUUUACAAGGUUUAUAAGUAAUUAAUAAAUGAAAAUAAGUAAAGAAAUAGUUUCAACGAGUUUUUCUUUUCACUGGGAAUACAAAUGCGUACGUUUUGUACACACCCAAGCUCAAAUGCGUUCAGAAUUUCAGUCAAAUUUAAGUUUGUCAUGACAGCUCGUAGAAACUGACAAGGACGAAAAUUUAAAACAAUUGCAAAUGAUGGAGUGAGAGGUUCUCAAAGCGGAGUAUGGUCUAGUAUAUAUACUUUAUUAAUAGAUGAAAAGUUUUAUGAAUUGAACAGUAAAUGAUUUAAUUUCGUCCGAGAAUUGAUAUUCGACAGUGUUAGCAUACUGAGUCUGAUCGCCCGGGUGAGAGUUGACCUGGGACCGAAGAACUGUCGCAGGUAAGAGUGACUGACGUUUUGACAACCUUGACAAAAGUCACCAUCAGAGUCGAGUCGGAUGACAUCUCGUCUCUCUCCAUCCUCUUCCCACACCGUCCACUCUAACUCUGUCAAAAAUGGCCGCCAGCAUGUAUCACUAACUCUUCCUAAGAGAACACCUGUAUUGAUCACCCGUACGACUAGACUGCACGAUCAAAAGACAAAUUAAUGUUAUUGAUAACAUUUUAGUAGGCAAUUUUCAAAGGUUUUUGGAUUGUUAAGUAACCUAGAAUAAUGUUAAAAUGGACUUAUAAUUUAGCCGUUUCCUUUAUAAUUGUAUUGCAACGGAUGCUAUCUGAUUGCUAAUAAAACGAGUAUAUCCUCCAAAAGGGGAAAUAAA